UCUAAAACUUCAUACAAUAAAGGCUUUCUCAUGAAUCGAUGUCCAGCAACAAGCACAUGAUUCACACCUUCUCUAAAGUCUAAACACAGUAGAGCAAUACAGGGCCAGCAAUCCAUCCUUGUUAAAUAAUUAUGCACUACUAUUUUGAAAUUGAAGUAUCAUCUCGCAAUGCAUAAUGUGUAAGUAGUUACCAUUUAGUUUGUACUUAACAUACAGGAAGAAAGCCAAAAGAAAAGGGAGAGCAGUAUCAACCAAAGAGAAAGGGGCCAACGAGCUUUGUGAGGAUGCAAUAUGAAUUGCAACAACAAGAUGUUGAGAAGAAGCCACCAUCUCAGGCACGUUUGUACAAAGAAACUCGGAAAAGGAAAGUGGGAAAAGAAUAUAAAACACCUUACGAGACUAUUCAAAGUAACAUUGAUAAGAUGGAGGAAGUCCAAAGGCAAAGACAAAUUGAUGGAGAUGGUGCAUUUUUCGAAGUAAUGAACCUGGAGAACUCGCGAAAACACAAGCAAUUAGGAAGGUGUUCAAAAGUAAAAGGCAAGAGUAAAAAAGCUUCAGUGGGUGGUGUAAUCAUACCUGAUGAAUAUAUAAAACCAUAUAAAGAUCAAAUUGUGAAAGAUACCGUAGUAGAAGUACUAAAGAUGUUCAAGCAACAACUUCCUCCUGAAUCGUUUGCUCGUGUGAUGUCAUCUUUUCCAGAGAGUCCUAGAGUAACAGAUGACCAAGAGCAUGACCAGGAUCAAGAUGAUGGAUUGGAUCGGAUAGCAAAUGAAGAUUAAAGUUGACAUUGAGAAUCAUGCACACGUAAGGGAAACCAAUUGAAGAUGAAAAGAUAGAAGACAUUUAAUUUUGGAUUAUACAUUUUAGUUUUGGAUAUGAUCAUUUGAUUUUAUUUUGAACAUAAUAAUGUAAUUUUCAUAGAUCGUACAUCAAAUACUAUUAUUUUAAUUUGUUAAUUAGUUUGUUAGGGAGCGGGUUGUGCUCCCUUCCUUUAGUUGUUUCCUUGUUUGAAACUUAUUUUGUGUACGUACUAUCUUUUGGUAAUAAAAUUGCUA